AUGGACGAAACGAGUGUUCUCUCUUAUCAGAUGGAGUAAUAGCUUGCAAUAAUAUUGAUCUAGCUAGCUAGCUUUGUGUUGGUGAUCAUCAAGAUUGGAUAUAGUAAAUCUAUAUCAUGAGUACUGAUCAUUCAUCUGCAUCAUACAUCCACUUGGUGCAUCACCUGAUAGAGAAGUGCCUGAUUUUCCAAAUGACAAAAGAAGAGUGCAUGGAGGCACUAUCUAAGCAUGCAAACAUCAAACCUGUAAUCACUGCUACUGUGUGGAAAGAGUUGGAGAAAGAGAACAAAGAGUUUUUCGAGUCAUAUAAAGAAUCACAAAAUAACAAAGAUCGUAUGACAGAGGAAGAGACGAGUGCUAUGAUACAGAAAAUGAUAUUAGAUUCAAAAGAACCAGGUCCUUCCAAGGAAUCAGACAAGGAAUAAUAAUAAUAGCAUAUAUUAUAACAAUUUACGUACGCGAUAGCGAUCUAACCUUUGAGUUCUCAUAAAAUGUGUAAAGCAUUUUUAUCUUAUUAGUGUAUUUUAAUUUUGGUCCAAUAUAUUGCAAUUUAUUAAUAUUAAUAAUAAU